AUGCGUCUACUACAUACCGAAGAGAGUCACACAGGCAACUUUGAGAUUAUUGAAUUUACAGACGACAGGAUCCCGCCUUAUGCGAUCUUGUCGCAUACAUGGGAGGGCGAGGAAGUCACCUUCCAGGAUAUGCAUGCAGACCAACUUCAUACGAGACAGAAAAAAGGAUACAGCAAGAUUCAACGGUGUUGCCAUCUCGCUAAAACCGAAGGCUUCGAAUAUGUUUGGAUAGAUUCUUGUUGCAUCGAUAAGACAAGCAGCGCUGAACUGUCUGAAGCCAUCAACUCCAUGUAUCGAUGGUACCAAGACGCUGAGGUAUGCUAUGCGUAUCUCGCUGACGUACCUUCUAAGGAGUUCAAAGAGAGCAGGUGGUUUACGAGGGGAUGGACUCUCCAAGAGCUAAUUGCGCCGAGGAAAAUUACUUUCCUUGAUGAAAACUGGAAGGAAUUGGGGAACAAGGCGGAUCUUCAACAGGCUAUUUGCGAGUGUACACGUAUCCCGAUUGGUGUUCUCUCUGGUGAUGAGGAUAUUGAAUCCUUCAGCAUCGCGCAAAGGAUGUCCUGGGCAGCGGAGAGAGUAACGACUAGGGUUGAGGACCGAGCCUAUUCCCUCCUCGGAAUAUUCGGGGUUAACAUACCACUGAUCUACGGAGAACGCGAAACGGCAUUUAUCAGACUCCAAGAGGAGAUUAUGCGUAUUUCCGAUGAUCAUAGUCUCUUUGCAUGGACGUCCGCUGAUAAUCGAGGUGGUCUUCUCGCCACCUCUCCCGCUGCCUUCAUAGGCUCUCAUAAUAUUGUGCGAUUCAAUCCCUUUGAUCCAUUCAACGCCCCGUUUGCUGGGACCAGCACAGGGAUCAAUUUGACAGUUCGCUUCAUGGGUAUUGGUCCUCGAGGAUUGGGGCUUGCGAUUCUUCAUUGUAAGGAGGAAGGUGAGGGAGAGAGAUUGAUUGCUCUCUACGUGAGAGAUUCAGAAUUCCUGACAAUGGAGCGAUUCGAAAGAGUUUGUAGCGAAGGCUUCAAUCAGCUUGAUCUUCGUAAAUACCGACCCUCGCAAUACCCAAUGCGACAAAUGAUCAUUCGAGCAGGCCGUCUAGCACGUCAUCGGAAAUCGAAAGGCUGUGGGAAGUGUGACGGCAUCACUCCAGAGAUCUACUCUGAUGCCAAACUAAUGACACUUAUGGAGUUUGAGAAUCCAUCUGCAUUGUUACAAGCAGCCGAACGAGGACUCGAGGACAUAGUAUGGUUGCUGCUGACCCGCAGCGAUGUUGAGGGGGAUUGCAGGGGCCCAGGCGGACUAACCCCGUUAAUGCACGCAUCCCGAAAUGGCCAUGAAACAAUUGCAAAAAUGCUAGUUGCUCGACGCGACGUUAUCGCAGACUCAACAGACGAUGAAGGAAGGACACCAUUGUGGUGGGCAGCUGAGGCUGGGCACGAGGCCAUCGUCAAAAUGUUGGUUGAGAAAGGCAUUGCUAUAGAAGGCAGGGAUAGAGAUGGAUGGACGCCAUUAACCAUAGCAUCAAAAAAUGGACAUGAAGGAACAGUUGGGUUGCUGCUUGACAAAGGUGUCGCCAUUGAGGAGCAGGAUCUGAGAGGUGGCACGCUAUUAUCAGCUGCCGUUUGGAGAGGACGUCCUUCUCCGGGCGCUCGUGGAGCCAUUUCAUGCUGUGCAACUGGUGGAACGGCUUCUCGAUAA